AUGUGUACCAAACACUUCAUCGACUCCUACUGCACCUCCUGCGACGAGCUCGUGCAAGGCCGAUCGACAGAAAGUCCGUGCAAGCCAAAAUACAGAGGAGAGCACCUGGGCCACUGCGCGGGAGGCAUCGAGACCAAAACCGUUACGGAAGCCGUGGUAUGCAAGAACUGCGAGAGGAAGCAGAGGAGGAUGGAGAAGAAGAAGAAGGACAAGGACAAGGGAAAGGGAAAGGAGAAGAAGCAGAAAUGUGGUUGUGGUUCUGCUGCUGUUGAGCUCGCGAGUGUGAAUGAGGAGGAACAACCGCUUACUGAAUCUUGA